AUGUUAGAUUUUGUUAGGGAUAGUUUCGGUGGUAGAAUUGUCUAUCACUUGUCAAAUCACAAGUACUUUUCAUACCCAGAAGAAGAUGCAGAUUAUGUUAUUCCUGAGAAAUAUUUGCUUGAUGGUAAAUACCGUUCCGAUGCUCAAUCAUUACAUCGACAACUAGAGGAUGAUAACGAGGCAACUGCACUGACCACUUCCACAUCCACUUCGACUAAUUCCAGUUUGAGUGGGAAUACCAUAAUAGAUAACAAGAGCACCGACGACCACGUCUUUGUUGAAUGGGAUGGUGAUGAUGAUCCAGAGGAUCCACGCAAUUGGAGUCUUUUCAAAAAGGGGUUUUUCAUUUUCGAGGUUGCAUUCUUGACAACAUCAGUUUACAUGGCUUCAGCUGUCUACACUCCAGGUUUGGACCAGCUCCAGCGUGAUUUGUCAGUCGGAAGAGUUGUUGGAACAUUGGGUGUUUUCACCUUUGUUCUUGGUUAUGGUAUUGGUCCUAUUUUAUGGUCACCCCUUUCGGAAAAUGCAGCUGUUGGCAGAUCAUCCAUUUACGCAUUGACGUUGCUAGUCUUUGUGAUUUUACAAAUCCCCACUGCUUUGGUUGAUAACAUUGCUGGGUUUUGUAUUCUUCGAUUUUUGGGAGGGUUUUUCGCUAGUCCUUGUUUGGCAACUGGGGGUGCAAGUGUUGGAGAAGUGACCAAAUAUUGGAACUUUCCAUUGUCCUUGGCAAUUUGGAGUAUUGGUGCCGUCUGUGGGCCAAGUUUAGGACCUUUCUUUGGCUCAAUUUUAACUGUCAAGGCAGGCUGGAGAUGGACUUUUUGGUUUAUAAUGAUUGUGUCCGGGUUUUCAUUGGCCAUGUUGACUUUCUUAUUACCCGAGACGUAUGCACCUACAUUGCUUGCUAGGAAAGCAAAAAGGUUGAGGGCCAAAACUGGUAAUGAUCGGAUCACCACAGUUGGCUUGUUGGAGAAUGAAAGUAGGACAAUGAACCAGAUUUUGGUGGAGGCAGUAUGGCGUCCUAUUGAGGUUACUGUGUUGGAGCCAGUUGUCUUGUUGAUUGAUGUCUACAUUGCCAUGGUCUACAGUGUGCUUUAUCUAUUCUUUGAGGUACUCCCAAUUUACUUUGUUGAAGUUAGGGGAUUUACAACUGUUGAAUUGGGACUUACAUAUUUGGCACUCAUCAUUGGGGUCUUGAUUGCAGCUUCGAUUUACUUGCCGGUUAUCCAUCACCAAUUUACUAAACCAAUUUUGAAGAAUGAAGCUGUAUACCCUGAAGUGUUCAUCCCCAUUGCCAUUGUUGGUGGCUGUUUGUUUGCCUCAGGAUUGUUUAUAUUUGGAUGGUCAGCAACGACCUACACUCAUUGGAUAGGACCACUAUUUGGGGUUGCGGCUACAACAGCAGGUGCAUUUCUUAUGUUUCAAACAUUAUUCAAUUAUAUGGGUGCAUCAUUCAAGCCUGAGUAUCUUGCAUCUGUUUUUGCGUCGAAUGAUUUGGUCAGAUCAACUACUGCCUCGGUCUUCCCACUUUUUGGUGCAGCUCUAUUCAAUAAUUUGAAGAUUGACAAGUUUCCUGUUGCUUGGGGAUCCAGUGUUUUGGGAUUUAUUGCGACGGCAAUGAUAGCUAUUCCUAUAUUGUUUUACUUGAAUGGACCCAAAUUGAGAGCAAGGUCGAAAUAUGCAAAGUGA